AUGGUUUAUGCCUUUAAAGAAGAGGAGGAGGAAGAUGUUAAUAACUUACAAAAAGAAUUUGAAAAGAAAAUUAAUACAUAUGUGAAUUCUGAUGUUAAUACGAAUGCAGGUACUUAUAUAAACAUAGACUUAGAUGCUUAUACAGAAGUAGAUGCUUAUAUGGAAAUAGAUGCUGAUAUGAAUAUAAAUGCUGAUAUGAAUAUGAAUGCUGAUAUGGAUGCAUAUAUGGAUUUGAGAAUAGAUGCAGAUGUGAAUACGAAUACAGAUAGUGAAAGUAUAGAUAAUAAUGAAAUAUUUAGUUAUAAAAAAGCUAUAGAGCAUAUUGAAAAGCAUGGUAUAAAAAAUGGAUUUGAAGUUGUAAAAUGUCGACUUCAAAAAAAUAAAAGAAAUGAAGUUGUAAAUGACUUGGAUGAUGCAAAUUUUUAUGAAUUAUACAAUUUAGAUCAUGAGGAUAUGAUAAAUCUAACAAAUGAUAUAAGUUUUGCUGAAGAUGAAUAUGAGUCUGUUAUAUCAAAUUUAGACUCAUUAAUUAAAUGCCUUGGAUAUGCAAAAAAAGUAGUUGGUUUGGCUCUUGAAACUGGUUGUGAAAAUGAAUUAAAUAAACUUUUGAGAAAUUGGAUUAAUGAGACUGAAAGAAAAAUGAGUUAUAAUUUGAAUGAGUCUAAUAAUGAGAACUUACCAAAUAUAACUAAUUCUUAUUUAAUGCAUAUGAAGGGUGCUCCUAAAAAAUGCUUAAAAAGCAUAUUAGAAAAUUAUGCUUUCAAACAUCAUAAUCAAAAGACUGAUAAGCCAACGCAAAGAAUUAAUAAAUAUACAGAAGAUUUGGGUGAUAAUAGGUAA